UCAAAAUUUUAAAAAGCUUUAAAAAGCUUAUUAAAAAGUUAUAUUGCUAUAAUGAUUUCAUUCUUUAAAUGUAUUAUAUAAAUAAUGUAUUUCAACUAUCUUUUGCUGACAACUAGUAGAACUUUAACAUAUACAAGAAAUAGUCUAUCAUAUAGUACCAUUUCUGGAACAUUUUCUCAUCAAUAUAAAAGGUCUGUAAAAAGAUGGCAAUAUUUAAAGCUUCAAAUAUCAAAUAUUCAUACGACUCAAAAGCUUUGUUAUCCUACAUCUUUAACUAUAUGUCUUGGUUCAAUUUUAUGUGGUUAUUAUGUAAGAAAAUGGUGGUUGAAACAACCAUUAAUGCAACAACAAAUGUAUAUAACAUGGUUUAAGCAAAAGAGAUAUAUAUUUUAUGGUUCUUUGGCAUUCUUAUCAUUUAUUUUAUUUAUUUAUUGUUUAACAUGUUUUGAAAAGGAUCGAAUAUUGAAGAAACGACGUUUUAUUUUAUUUAAUCAAGAUCUACGAAUUAAAAAUGCUAAAAUUCUUUUUAGAGUAAUAGUACAAAAUAAAGAAAAUGUAGUACCAUUAAAUGAUCCUAAGUAUACAAUUGUUGGCAAUGCAAUAAAAAAAUUAAUAGAUUCUAAUAAAGAAAUUUUUGAAGGAUUGGAUUGGACAGUAACUAUAAUUUAUCGUAUAUUUAAUAUGGCAUCACUUCCUAAUGUUUUGAUUUUACCAGAUAGAAGUAUUAUUAUACUUUCUGAUAUGUUUGAUCUCAUUAAAAGCAAUGAUCAAUUAAUAUUUAUUUUAGCCCAUGAAAUGUCACAUGAAAUGCUUCUUCAUACAUCAGAAACAUUAUCUUUUGGAAUACUAAAUGAUAUUGUAACUAUUAUCUUUUCAUUUAUAAUUUGGGUUUUAUAUCCAAGAAGAAUAGCAGCCAUACUUUGUUCAAGUUUUUAUGUAUUUUCUUCAAUUAUUUUUGCUUGGUAUAGAAGAUCAUCUGAAAUUGAAGCUGAUGAAGUUGGAAUGGAAUUAGCUGCAAAAAGUUGUAUUGAUCCUAGAGAAAUUUUAGUAUUCUGGGAGAUUAUGAAAGUAUUUGAAGAACUUAGUAAAGCAGAUAAAUUUGAAAUACCAUUAUUUAUGCAUCAUCCUAGCUUAAAGAAAAGAAAGAAAAGAACUAUUAAAUUAAUGCCUAAAAUUUUGAAAAUAAGAAAACAAGCUAAGUUUAAAAUUAUUUUAGUGUCCUGAAAUACCUGAAAAGGAUCCUCAAGAUAAUUUACCACAUUAUAUUAAGGAUAUCGAAAAAUUUGUAUUCAAAGAUUCAAGAAUUUUAGGCAUACAGUUAUAAAUGAAACUAUAGAUUUUUUUUGUAUAUCCUUGUAAUAUGAUGAUUAGUCUGGUGAAAUAAAUAAUGCAUUAGUCACAAAUUUUA